AAUUGUAUUCACCCACUGAACAAAUCACAGUCAUGAGAUGGUAGCUGCUUUGCAUGUGGAGCAGGCAGGCUGCCUGAGUGUGUCUGCCUUUGUCAGUCCAAUUCUCUCACUUCUGCUAAAUCUCUGUAGCCAGUGAAGGGAAUAUAUUUUUUUCUCCUUCAACUGCAGGAUGGCUGUUGCUGCAUCUGUCUUUCCUUCUCCCUAAGCCCCAGGGAGCUCCUGAUCUUCUAGGUCUGGAAUUCCACUCCACAGCUUUGCUAAAGACCAGUUGAUAGCAUCAAUGAGGACUGCAUCUAAGCAUCCAGUCUUCAGCAGGUGAAUGGGACUGAGAGAAGCAGACCAGUGGAACACACAUAAAGGGAGAUUUUUUUUUGUGGUUAGUAGAAACAUCUUUUAACCUUUGCUUUCAGUUGCUGAGGCUUGGGGAUAGUCUGCUAACAUGUGCAGUGCAGAGGCAUUCAACUGUGACUGUCUUGGGCUAUCACUGGAAUCUUAAAACCACAAAGGAAGUCCCAGGGAAUCCCAUAUUAACUUAACUUCGGGAGGAUUUUGUUUCUAACAAUGACACAUUACUGGCUCUCUUUUCGGAAUAUGGUUUUAGAAUACUGGGCAGUUUUUCUCUGCUACAUCUUCUGGCUUCAGGACUGUCAAGGAAUGCCACAUGUUAUUCGCAUAGGAGGAAUAUUUGAGUUUUUGGAAGGAACCACAGUGAGUGCAGAGGAACAUGCCUUCAGAUUUGCAGCAACCAUCAUCAACAGAAAUAGAACACUAUUACCGAACACAACUCUGACCUACGAUAUUCAGAGGAUCAAUCUCUACGACAGCUUUGAAGCCAACAGGAAAGCUUGUGACCAGCUGGCCCUUGGAGUGGUUGCUAUAUUUGGUCCAUCUCACAGUUCCUCCUCCAACGCAGUCCAGUCUAUUUGCAACGCAUUGGAAGUUCCACAUAUCCAGGUCCGAUGGAAGCACCACCCACUAGAUAACAGAGACUCCUUCUAUGUAAACUUGUACCCAGACUAUGCCUCUCUCAGCCACGCAAUCCUGGAUCUUGUGCAGUUUUUAAAGUGGAGGUCAGCAACAGUAGUCUAUGAUGACAGCACAGGUCUCAUCCGUUUGCAGGAGCUCAUCAUGGCACCAGCAAGAUACAACAUCCGUUUAAAAAUUCGUCAGCUGCCACCAGAGUCUGAAGAUGCCCGCCCUCUCCUGAAGGAGAUGAAGAGAGGUAGAGAAUUCCGUAUUAUCUUUGACUGCAGUCAUGUUAUGGCAGCCCAGAUACUUAGGCAGGCCAUGGCAAUGGGCAUGAUGACAGAAUACUAUCACUACAUCUUUACGACACUGGACCUCUACGCAUUGAACAUGGAGCCGUAUCAAUACUCUGGGGUUAAUCUGACUGGGUUCCGAAUACUAAAUAUGGAGAAUCCGUUUGUUACCACCAUAGCAGAGAAAUGGGCAAUGGAACGUUUACAAGCCCCUCCUAAGCCUGAGACUGGUCUUCUGGACGGAAAAAUGACGACAGAUGCUGCUCUGACAUAUGAUGCGGUCCAUAUUGUGUCUGUUUGCUACCAGAGGGCUCCUCAGAUGACAGUCAACUCAUUGCAGUGCCAUCGACACAAAGCCUGGAGGUUUGGCAAUCGCUUCAUGAAUUUCAUCAAAGAGGCCCAAUGGGAAGGACUGACCGGACGAAUUGUGUUCAACAAAACCAGUGGGCUACGAACGGAUUUUGAUCUAGAUAUCGUCAGCCUGAAAGAAGAUGGCUUGGAGAAGGUGGGAACAUGGAACCCCACUGAUGGCCUGAACAUCACUGAGGUUGCUAAAGGACGAGGACCAAAUGUCAGUGAGUCUUUGACAAAUCGGACACUCAUUGUCACUACUGUACUGGAAGAACCAUAUGUGAUGUUUAAGAGGUCGGAUACUCCUCUGUUUGGCAAGGACCGUUUUGAAGGCUUUUGCAUUGACCUCCUGAAGAAAGUGUCAGAAAUUCUAGGAUUUGAAUAUGAUAUACGUUUAGUCGAAGAUGGCAGAUAUGGAUCUCAAGAUGAGAAAGGACAAUGGAAUGGUCUGGUUAAGGAGCUCAUUGACCAUAAAGCUGACCUGGCAGUGGCUCCGCUCACCAUCACCCACACCCGAGAGAAAGUAAUUGAUUUCUCGAAACCGUUCAUGACUCUUGGAAUUAGCAUCCUGUAUCGGAAAGCCAAUGGUACCAGUCCCAGUGUUUUCUCUUUCUUGAACCCUUUAUCCCCUGACAUCUGGAUGUACAUCCUUCUCGCCUACCUGGGAGUGAGCUGUGUUCUUUUUGUCAUAGCAAGGUUUAGCCCUUAUGAAUGGUAUGACGCUCAUCCCUGCAAUCCAGGAACUGACAUUGUGGAGAACAACUUUACAUUAUUAAACAGCUUUUGGUUUGCAGUCGGUGCAUUAAUGCAGCAAGGAUCUGAGUUGAUGCCCAAAGCUUUGUCAACAAGAAUUAUUGGUGGAAUUUGGUGGUUUUUUACUCUCAUUAUCAUCUCAUCAUACACUGCCAACCUCGCUGCUUUCCUCACAGUAGAGAGGAUGGAAUCUGCCAUAGACUCAGCAGAUGACCUAGCAAGGCAGACAAAGAUAGAGUAUGGAACGGUCCUUGAUGGAUCCACCAUGAACUUCUUUAAGAAAUCUCACAUCUCGACCUUUGAGAAGAUGUGGGCGUUCAUGAGCAGCAAGCCAUCGUCGCUCGUUAAGAGUUACGAGGAAGGCAUCCAGCGAGUUCUCUCAUCUGACUACGCUCUAUUAAUGGAAUCAACAGCGAUUGAAUAUAUAAUUCAGAGGAACUGCAAUCUAACACAGAUUGGUGGACUCAUAGACUCAAAGGGCUUCGGAAUUGGAACACCCAUGGGAUCUCCAUACAGGGACAGAAUCAGCAUUGCCAUACUGCAGCUACAGGAGGCCGAUGAAAUCCACAAGAUGAAGGAGAGGUGGUGGAGAGCUGGAGGAUGCCCAGAUGAAAAAAAUAGAGAGGCCAGUGCACUAGGCAUCCAGAACAUGGGAGGCAUCUUUAUUGUUUUGGCAGCUGGCCUCAUUCUCUCUGUAGUAGUUGCAGUGGCAGAGUUUAUAUACAAACUGAGGAAGACAGCGGAGAGAGAGCAGCGUUCUUUCUGCAGCACAAUGGCUGAUGAGAUCCGAUUGUCUCUUACUUGUCAACGCCGUGUCAAACACAAGCCCCAGCAACCUGUUAUGGUCAAGAGUGAUGCAGUAAUCAAUAUGCACACUUUCAAUGACAGAAGACUGCCAGGAAAAGACAACAUGACCUGCAAUACUGGACUAACCCCAGUGUUCCCAUAAAACAAAUGGAAUGUAUGCACAAUUCUCCAGAUAUCAGUCCUCAAAUAACUGUUCUAUGCCCUUCACCAAUUUUGACGAGCAAUGUCAAGGGCAUCAGACCAUCCUUUUAGUCUACAGCCAGAAGUAUCUUGUUUACAAACAAAUCUUACAAAGACAAUUGAUCGCCAAGUUAAUAUCACUAUCCGUGGACAUUGAGAAGCCACAAAGACUUUGUGGUAUAUUUGAGCAUGGCAAUAAAAAUGAAAAUGACUCCCUCUUUUCUUCUUUGUCCAUGCUGAAAGCAUUGACUCUGGAGUGGGAGGAUCAGAUCUGUCCUGUACACAGCACACUUGGUACAUACGGUCUGCCAAACUGCUCAAUAGGAACUCAUACCUCAAUGCUGUGCCUAUGAGGAGUUUGCAAGAAGCGCAGACUUUAAGAUAUGUCUGAAUCAGACAGCUAAUGGGUCCUUUAAUGCGGCUGAAUCAUGAAGAUUACUGCUUCAGAACUAAUGCCGAUGUAGAAAAUACUCCUAAGCCAAGGAAAGGGAACUGAAUUACAUCACCCCCUGUUCUCCUUUCCUUUGCACAAUUCAACAAGACUCCAAGCACGAACCUACAACUUGCAAGGAAAAUCAUGUCACACAAUGAUGCCAUUCUGUAAACACUUAUGUUAACCAUAUGUCUUUAUUAGAGUUCAGUGAGUCCUAACAAUGCUACCACAAUUCUCAAAAUAUCACACAGGACCAUGUUGCCAACCCAGGAAACAAUUAAAAUAACCAAAGAUAGGAUUUUGCCUGUUAUACACUGAUAAUACUCAUAAUGUGAUUAACUAGGGUAAUCGUUAAUGCUUAAAUAAUAACAGAAAAAAGAACAGGUCCAAAUCUUGGUUUUAUGCAUAUACUGAAGAUUAAAUAGUUUCGUAAGUAAGCUAUGGUAUUCUGUGAAUAGUGACACUUUGGAAUUUGUGUGCUAAGAAAUUGUGGUGACCCAGCUGUCAUAAUUGUGUGCCCACAAUGCCAUUUUCCUGCUUCACAGUGAUCCCAAUUUUCUGUUAGAAAAGAACAGUCCAAUUUCAUGUCAUUACUUAAUAUUGCACCACAAUCUUCAAAUGUGAGCAGUAAUGUAAUGAAAUAUAAAUAUAAAAAGUGUGUGUUUACGCCCUCUUCCGCCAUAAAAAAGAAGAAGGUUCUGGACAAGUCAUAUUCUUACACCACAGAGAUCCCUUUAACUUAAUGACAUACACAUACUGAAAGCAUUUAUUUAUUCAUAUUGAUGCAGAUCUGCAAAUAAACUGGGCAUACUGUACACUGCUGAAAAGGAGCAUGUGUAGUAAACAAAUGUGCAUAUUCUCCUACAGUAUAUGUAGAGUUGUAUGCAUCUCAUAGU